UUUUAAGUUCACUUGCAAGCGUCAAUCCAAUAGAAAUGUUGUUUUUCAGUUUUUUCAAGACUCUUGUUGAUCAAGAAGUCACAGUUGAGUUAAAGAACGAUAUAGAAAUCAAAGGUGUCUUAAAAUCCGUUGAUCAAUACUUGAAUUUGAAAUUGGAUAAUAUUUCUACAGUCAACGAAAUCAAGUAUCCACAUUUAAAAGCCACCAAGAACCUUUUCAUAAGAGGAUCCACUGUUCGUUAUGUCCACAUGAAUCCUAAUUCUGUUGAUUGCACCUUAUUACAGGAUGCAUCUAGAAGAGAGGCUUUAGUUCAAUCCGCUAAAUAAGCGAACUUAAUGUUUCCUUUUAACCAUUAAUGAGUGAUGUGCAUUACUUGUAAAUUAAAUAAUGUAUUUAUUGUACUAUAGUGUUCUUCUUUUGAAGCG